GAUAAUGUGAUAGAGGUUGUGGUAAGCCAAAAAUAUGUAAAAUGGUGACAUAUCCCGAGUUCGCGUUUUGAAUAAAGCAAACCAUAUAGUGUCGUAUUGCACUGGAGUCAUGGCGUCGGCGGAUCCUAUGGGUUUGAGCAAGACUUGGGAACUGUCGCUUUACGAGCUGCACAGAAAACCGCAGGAGGCCAUUACGGACAGCACGGAAAUCGCAGUUUCUCCCAGGAGCUUACACAGUGAACUGAUGUGUCCGAUAUGCUUGGACAUGCUUAAAAAGACCAUGACUACCAAAGAAUGUCUUCACAGGUUUUGUUCAGAUUGUAUUGUAACCGCGUUGCGUUCAGGCAACAAAGAAUGUCCUACUUGCCGUAAGAAGUUAGUAUCGAAGCGAUCAUUGCGUCCUGAUCCAAAUUUCGAUCUGCUGAUUUCGAAAAUAUAUCCUAGUCGAGACGAGUAUGAAGCUCAUCAGACCAGAGUGUUGGAAAAACUUAAUAAGAGUCACAGCCAAGCUAACCUAGUACAGUCUAUUAACGAAGGCAUCAAAAUACAAACCCAAAACCGUUUACAGCGCACCAAAAAGAAUCAGCAAGAUGAACAAAAUGAAGGUGGUUCAUCUUCCACUCCAAAGACUCCUUCUUUAGGUCCCAGUAAAGAUAAUGUAACUAGAACAGUUGUUCAAGCAAAAGUUGCAAAAAAAAUCAAAUCUGUUAUGAUAUCUGAAAAUGACGGACCAGCUUCUUCAUCUGCAGAUAGAUCUGAAAUAACUGAAGGUGACGGAACGUCAAGAGGUGCAACUUUGGAUGAAAUUGAAUUAGUAUUUAAACCACAUCCUACUGAAAUGGGAAGUGAUAAUCAGUUAAUAAGAGUACUCAAAGAAAAUUCAGUGCGCUACAUUAAAACUACCGGCAAUGCUACAGUCGAUCAUUUGAGCAAGUAUUUAGCAAUGAGAUUGACAUUAGACCUUGGUGCUGAACUUCCAGAUCGUCCUCUGAAUUUUUUAAUUUACGUUGCACCAAAUGCCGGUCAAUUUGUUCCACUUAACGGAAAUCAGACAUUACGACAAGUUCAUGACAAAUUUUGGAAAGUAAACAAACCAUUAGAAAUGUUUUAUUCAUUCAAUUGAAAUUUUUGAUUGUCAUAAAUAAUUUUUGUUUCUCAGGUUUAUGUAUAACCUACUAAGUACUUUCAUUGAUUUUUAUUUAUAAAAUUUAAUACAUUUAAUGUAUUAACUUAAUUGUGUGAAUCGACUUUUUUAAAAAUUAAAAAAUGUAUGUUUUAAAUUUUAGUAACUGCCGAGUAGUUUUAUUUUUAGAUUAAUGAGUUGAGGGUAGCAUUUUGUAAAAUGUAUUGAUUUUAAAGUAUUAAUUAUUCACUUAAUUUUAGAAUGAAUUUCAUUUUUAUUGUGACAAAUAUAUGUUAAAUGUUUUAUUUAAAAGACGAA